UAGGAAGCUGGAGCUGACAAAGGGAGCUCAUCCACGCUCUGAGGAAGCUCCCUAUGAACAAACCUUGCUAUGGAUGAGUCGGAAGCGACUUCGAGGGACGACACAAAAGCCAACGAAGAUCUCAUUGGUAUGGAAUUCUGAGAGCUGUAGUUUGGUGGAGGAGGCUGAAGCCCUUGCAAAACUGUAACUCCCAGAAGUCCCCACUGCAGGGAAGCGUUCCUUCCGUGGUGUGGAUGCACCCAGAGGCGGGGAAUGCUCAGAGGUGACUUUGAAACACAACCUGGAGCAGAGAUCCCUUUGGAUGGGCAAAGAGAGACCUUCCUUUGGGCUUCCUUUUAAGGAGGGAGGCAUCCAUCCAUGCCUUGCGCUUCCCUGUCGCCUUGACCUUGAUUCCCCCCGUGGCUUCCGCAUCCCUUCCUCCUCGGCUGCCGCCCACCCGAGACUGAGUCGUCAGUGGAAGCGCGUCAGAGGCAGGAGGCGGCUGCGGUGCAUGUGCUUUCUCCUCUUCUCGCUGGGAAGGAAGCGGAGCCUUUCAUAACGCUGCGUUUCCCCCAGAAGGAGCCCUGCUGCCCCACCGCCAGCGACCCUCUUGGCAUCCAUGUCUGGGGAGGCGACCCCAAUGACCCAGGAGCUCAAUGGCAAUAGUUGGAGCCAGGGAGGCAAGCCUGCCCACCUACGGGUCUCCGAGAAGAAAGGCUCAUGGGCCUCUUAUAUGACCAACUCCCCUACUCUGAUUGUAAUGAUUGGCCUUCCUGCAAGGGGCAAGACCUAUGUGUCCAAGAAAUUAACUCGCUACCUCAACUGGAUUGGAGUGCCUACCAAAGUGUUUAAUUUAGGUGUGUACCGCCGUGAAGCAGUAAGAUCAUAUAAAUCAUAUGAUUUCUUCAGACAUGAUAAUGCCGAAGCGAUGAAGAUUCGAAAACAGUGUGCCUUGGUGGCUCUUGAGGAUGUGAAAGCUUAUCUCAUGGAGGAGUCUGGCCAGAUUGCUGUCUUUGAUGCAACAAACACAACCCGGGAGAGGCGGGACAUGAUUUUAAAUUUUGCUAAAGAAAAUUCUUUUAAGGUAUUUUUUGUGGAGUCUGUCUGUGAUGACCCAGAAGUCAUUGCUGCUAAUAUAUUGGAAGUGAAGGUCUCCAGCCCUGACUACCCAGAAAGAAACCGAGAGAAUGUGAUGGAUGACUUCCUGAAGCGAAUAGAGUGCUACAAAGUCACUUACCAACCUCUGGAUCCAGUUGAUUAUGACAAAGACCGUUCUUUUAUUAAGGUGAUCAAUGUAGGACAGCGCUUUCUUGUCAACCGUGUCCAGGAUUACAUCCAAAGUAAAAUAGUCUAUUACCUCAUGAAUAUUCAUGUUCAGCCACGCACCAUCUAUCUUUGUAGACAUGGUGAAAGUGAGUGCAACCUUGUCAGCAAGAUUGGGGGAGAUUCAGGUCUGUCAACUCGAGGAAAGCAGUUUGCACAAGAACUGAAAAAGUUCCUCAAAGAGCAGGAGAUAGUGGAUCUGAAGGUUUGGACCAGCCAGCUGAAACGAACAAUCCAGACAGCAGAGGCUUUGGGAGUACCAUAUGAACAAUGGAAGAUAUUGAAUGAGAUAGAUGCUGGAGUAUGUGAAGAAAUGACCUAUGAAGAAAUUCAAAGAAAAUAUCCAGAGGAAUUUGCACUUCGGGACCAAGACAAAUACCUUUAUCGCUACCCUGGAGGAGAAUCUUAUCAAGAUUUGGUCCAACGCUUGGAACCUGUGAUCAUGGAGUUGGAACGUCAGGGCAAUGUCCUAGUUAUUGCUCACCAGGCAGUUAUAAGGUGCUUAUUGGCAUAUUUCCUUGAUAAAAGUGCAGAUGAAUUGCCCUAUUUGAGGUGCCCUCUUCACACCAUCUUAAAACUCACACCAGUUGCUUAUGGAUGCAAAUUAGAAAUGAUUUCCCUGAAUGUUGAAGCUGUAGAUACACACCGAGACAAGCCAUCCACAACGAACAACCUUCCAAAGAGUCAAAACCCUAUAAGGAUGAGAAGGAACAGCUUCACACCACUAGCCAGUCCGGAUACAGUAAAGCGUCCUCGCAAUUACAGUGUUGGGAGCAAGCCUCUCAAUCCAGCAGGAUCGCUGCUGUUCCUGGAGGCUCGAGAUGGGGCUGGUCGCGAAAAGCUGCAAGAGAGUGUUCAGCUUCAAGCGGGAAGUGCUUGCCUCUAAAACAGCUGGUCUAGCGGUAUAGAAACAUGCCAUUGUUUCCUGGAAAAUCAUCAUGGAAGUCUCAGAAAAUUACCUUGGACUGGAAAAUUGCCUUCAUUUGAUCAAAAGCUUGCGUAUUUAAUGAAGUUUUUGCUGAUACGUUCUCAGGAGGGUUUUAAAAAUGGUGGAUAACCUAAUUUAUUGGACCAAUGCCAUGUUUUACAAUAUCACUACAAAAACUAAAGAAUGACAUCAUGGUAAAUAACUUCAGGAGAUGAAGCUGGAGUAAGCUUGCUUCAAAUUUUGAAAUUCUAAAAAAUGUGCUUACUUUAUCAAAACAUAAGGCAUAUUUAUGUUACAGAUUUAACGCUUGUGUCAAGCCCAUUUAAAUGUCAGGGCUCCCAACUUAGAAACCCAGCAGGAAGUACAGUUCCCUGGGGAAAAUGAGAUCUCAAUCAACCCACUAUUAACAAUCCUACAAAAAAAACCUUUUGAGGAAAGCUUAUAAAACAAAUUUAUGUUUGUUGUAUGGGUUUGUGCAAAUGUUUGACCAGUCUAGAUUGAGCUGAUGACCUUCCGAAAGAGUUUCCGAGAUGUACAUGAAUAGAGCCUGUUGCCUUUUUAUGACAUUGCUAAUUCAUUGUUAGUUUCCUCUUGCUCCUUCCGUCUUUUCCAUUUUUCUCUGUUGCCAUGUCAAUAAUACCAUUCAUGCUAGAUACCAAUUUGCAAUGUAGGGAUUGUCCAGAAUGUUCAUGAAGUGAGUGUUAAACAUUAUUGCCAGCCUUACUCUUAAAUUUGUGUAAUGCACUACUUGCAAUAUUGCUCAACACCCUCAUCAAAUCUAUUAUUUUUCCUUUGUUUGGUGGAAAAUCUGAUAUACUUCUGAAGAUUUAUUUCAAGAAUAUUAAUCAUGAAUUCAUUGUCUUCAGUGUUGUUCCUGUGCAAAUUACAAGGGAGUUCUAGGAACAAAGGCAAAAUUGAUUUCACUUUGCCACAUUUAUCUUCAUGGCCAUAGGUUCUUGUAUUUAGGCCACAAGGAGUAUGAUGUGGAGCUGAAAAUUAUUUAGGACAUGUAUAAUUCCCUCCUAUUUGUAUGUUCACCUCUAGAGUUUUCUUGAAUUCUGAUAUGACAUGGCCCACCGUAUAUUCAGAUGUAAUGCAGGUGAUGUCUUUUGUGCCAGAAUUUUGUGAAGGAAUAUAACAUAUAUUUAUAUAGAGCGUAUUUAAACAGAUAGAUGAUUUGUAUUAAUUUAAAUUUUUAGAUUUUUUUUUUGCUGAUCAAGCCCAUCAAAAUUGUAGUAUUACAUAUGAAUAUAUUAUUCAUGAAUUUUUGAAAGUAAGUGUACAUUGAAAGCAAAAAUAAUGGAGACUAACCCUUGGAGGUGGAGGACGAGUGACUCCAAGAGCACAUCAUAAUCACAUUCCAUUCUGAAGUUACCUAAUAUAUAAUUCCAGCAUAGAAAUUAGGAUUUUAUGUGUUUCUAUGUGAUUAGAAUUGCACACAUUGCAUCUACGCACAACAUGCUGCUCUUACCUUUUGCACAAUUUAAUGAAUUAAUGUUUCUCAUGAUGAGCCCUUGUUCUCAUCAAAAGUGAAAUAUUUUGUAUGUGAUGACCUAUGAAUGUGAUUGCUUACUUAAGAGUGGCUCUGUCUUUUUAAUUGACAAGCACUACUUCUGUAAUGCAAGUAUCUUUUAAAUGCGGGUGAUAUGUUCUGAAUUUGAUAGCACACUCCAAUGUGUCAUCAAAAGAUGGCUAUGCUGCUUUCUGGUCAGGGAUCUUUGAAUGACUUAUUUUGUAUAAUAAAUUCUUGCGCCAUUGUGAGUGAUGUGUUGUUGCCUUAAACAGAGAAUACAAUGUAUUUUUAUAUCAUUGUUAAGUGUUAAGUUAAUACUUUGCUUAUCAUGGUUUUUUGGUCAGUGCCUGAAUAGUAAAAUAUGUGUAUAGGUAUGUCUUGCUGUGUGUGUCUAUAGAGAUAAACUUUUGAUAUAUCUAUAGAUAUAUACUGUAGAUCUAUAGCUAUAUCUCUCCUAUAUCUCUAAAUAUACAGAUACAUAAAAUAAAAUAACUAUGUAGGUAGGAUUACCUUGUUUGAAAAGCCAAAAAAAACAGGACAUAUUUACCAACUGGUUGCUUCAAACCUCCAAUCAUUAUGACAGCUCUAACUUCAAAUACUUUUAAGUACAGAAAUUGUAACUUCAAUAUGUCCUGGAAAAGGAUAACAUAUGGUAACCCUAUUAAGAAAUAAAUACAUUGGCCCAAUCAAAUGUUUUGUGACUUACUCAAGGACAUUAUUUGGACAAAGUUCUUCCUAGUGCUGUCUUCUUUCCAGUCAACAAGGAAGCAGUCCAAUCCAAUUCUAACUUAUCUCUCACAGUAGAUUUAGGAGUUUCCUGUUGCAAGUUAUCUUAUGCUAACAAUUAGGAGAACCGUAUGAUUGUUCUGACUUUUUCUCCUUAAUGAAUUUUAUGUGGUAAGAAAAAAGACAGAAAAACUGGAAAAUGGAUGGGGUACAAGUAAAGGACACCAUCUUCAAAAGCUGCUGUAAAAGCCAAUGGAUUAAAGAUAAUAGUGGUAUGAUAAAGACAUUGUCUAUAACCAUUCUUUUGUUUCCAUUUCUGUCAAAGCAGUGAGCCCCAGCAGUCUUCAUAAUACCCCUGGUGCCCCGUAUAAUCAUAUUUCUCACAGUUUGUCUUACCAAUAAGACUUAAACUUAAGCUCCCUUAAUUCCAUUGACAAACCACACAAUCCCAUUCAAAAUUAUAAUUAAAAUACGACUCCUGUAUUUGCAGGAUCAGGUCUCAUAAUUUAAUUCAUCCAUGUCCAACAAAAUAGGUCUUCUCUAGGCAUUUUCUAGAGAGGACAUGUAGUACUCUUGGAUGGAAGUCCUUCAUUUGGAUAAGGCUCACUGUUUAGUGCAGUGGUUCUCAGCCUGUGGGCACCCAGGUCUCUUGGCCUACAACUCCCAGAAAUCCCAAUCAGUUUACCAGCUGUUAGGAUUUCUGGGAGUUGAAGGCCAAAACAUCUGGGGACCCACAGGUUAAGACAUGUCCAAGAACAUGUCUCCCAUGAAUAUAGGGAUUGUACUUCUGAAUUCCAUCUGACAAACCUCCAUCAGCUACAAAGGGAGAUAAAAUAGCCAUCAAGUUAAGACAUUUUCCUUGAAGCAAUCAAACCAUGUAAAAGAGAGAUUAGUAUCUGAUGAAACCAGAUUAUUUAUUUAUUUAUUUAUUGUGCUUUAGCAAUGGCUUAAUUUUUCUUAUGCUGUGCCAUUUGAUGUGCUGCCAAAGUACAAAUAUGGUAGUUUCUAAUAGGAAAAUAAGGGUAAAUUAGAUUAAGACUCUGGGAAUGACUGGCUUAACUGUUAGGGAUAACAGGGAAAGCAAUUAAUCUAAGCAAAGUCAGUCAGCCAUUCAACUAUUGCUUUGCUUGUACUGGACUAGCAUUUGUAUGUGAUAGUUAUCUCUGCAGACAGCAGUAGAUCUAUUUUAGAUGCAAUAUUAAAAUGAGCUAAUACUUAGCACUGAAGUGCAGUUGUUGCACUGUUUCAUACUUUAGUAAGUAAAAGCAUGCCGGUUUUGUCCUUGGACAUUUUAAUGACUGAAAUAUUCCAAAUAUGCCCAUAUUUUUGUGCAUGUGUGCAAUCUGACAUAAUAGUAGCCUCGGGUAAAAAAUUUAGAGGUUGCAUGUGAUCUUUCAAUUAAUUCUGUCUUUGAAAGAGUGGUCAACACAAAGCAGAAUUUCUCAUUUGUUGGAUUUUCAAGUAGAACAAGUACAAUGUGGCUUUGCAAUCUCCUCUUCUUAGAUAUUUGCAUAAAUGCUUAGGAUUACUUGAAAACAAUAAAGCUUUCCAUUGAUGUAA